AUGCAGUCUAUAAAACCUUCAGAACCCCAGAAUACAACAAGAAUCAAAGAAUUCAUCCUCCUGGGGUUUGGGAAUGCUGAAAAUGUGAAUGUUCUUCUCUUCGUGUUAUUUAUAAUCAUUUAUACUAUAACUUUAUCUGGAAAUCUUCUCAUUAUUAUGUUGGUUGUUACAAAGAACCACCUCCACACUCCAAUGUACUUCUUUCUUUCUAAUCUAUCUUGUUUGGAGAUCUGUUUCACCUCAGCUAUAUUACCCAAAAUGAUGGUUAACUGUCUUACAGAAAAAAAGACAAUAUCUUUUUGGGGCUGCAUAUUACAAAUGCAAUUCUUCUUUACUCCAGGAGUUACUGAAUGUUACCUCUUGGCUGCAAUGUCAUAUGAUCGUUAUCUAGCCAUAUGUAGACCCUUGCAUUAUGUUACACUUAUGAAUGACAAAACAUGUAUCUUCUUAGUUUUGAUGUCAUGGCUUACAGCAUUUCUUCUUAUCACUAUUUUGACAUCCUUGUUGGCCCAACUCACAUUCUGCAAGCAAUAUGAAAUUGACCAUUUUUUUUGUGAUUUCACACCUUUAGUACAACUUUCCUGCAAUGACACUUGGGUGAUUGAAAGUACUUGUUUGAUAACAUCAUCUAUAGCAGUUUUACCUACAUUUUUCAUAACUAUCACAUCUUACACUUUUAUCAUCAGUGCAAUUCUGAAGAUCCCAUCUGUGAAUGGGAGACAAAAGGCUUUUUCAACCUGUUCUUCCCAUCUCACAGUGGUUUCCAUUUUCUAUGGAUCCUUAAUUUUUGUCUACAUUUUGCCAACCACUGGAAAAUUCAAAAAUAUGAAAAAGGGCUUCUCUUUCUUUUAUUCAGCUCUUACCCCCAUGCUCAAUCCCUUUAUUUAUUGUUUAAGAAACAAAGAUAUAAAAGAAAUCAUCAGAAAACUAUUCCUCAAGUUCCGGAUAUUUAAUAUAAGUGCAUGA